CGGCGGCGGCGGAGGGGGAGGCGGUAGCGGCUGCAGCAUCCAGAGCUGGCCGCGGCGGCCGGCGCGUCCCGCGCACAAAGGCGCCCAGCCCCUGGGGAAGGCGAUGAGCGCACGGCAGCCCGGGCCACAGCUGCAGCCACCGCUGCGCGCGCCCAGGGCUCUGGGGAAGACGCUGGGCGCGCCGGGGGCCGGCGGCCGAGGUGCGGCCGGUGCGCCCUGAGCGCGGGACUCGCCGCCCUGCAGGUCAGACGCCAGGCUCCGGAGCGGCUCCCCACGAUUGGCGCAGUGAGGUGACCCCCCACGACCUGGGCCCGACCCCCGGUGCCGUCUCGUCGCGCCUGAGCGCCAACUUCGCCAAGAACGCUCCCAACUCCAGGCCACCGUGCCUGGCAGAGAGGGCGCUGCUGCUGGGCACCAGCUCUGAGGACGCGCUGCUGGCUCUGGGGAGGAAGUCAGCAUCUGCGGGGUCCCUCGGGCGCCCCUGAGUGGGCGACAGCCGCAGCAGACGUCUCUGCCGGGAGUCCGCGACCUGCCAGCUCUGGGGAUUCCUCCCGGGCAGGCGCUCGCCCUCUGUUUUAUGGAUCUUGGGCCCCCCCUCCAGCCCAGUAGAGGCUGUGGAGGUCGUCAGUCCCAAAGCCUGGUGCCCAACCCCGUGGUCCAUCCCUGGCUACGGGGAGUGGCGGCUCCCACGAGGUAGCAGUGGCCUGCAGCGGCCCCCUCCCCACAGUGAACCAUGGGCCAGAAGCUGUCGGGGAGCCUCAAGUCCGUGGAGGUGCGAGAGCCAGCCCUACGGCCAGCCAAGCGGGAGCUCCGGGGUGCAGAGCUGGGGCGGCCAGCCCGGCUGGACCAGCUAUUGGACAUGCCAGCCGCGGGGCUGACUGUGCAGCUGCGGCACGCGUGGAAUCCCGAGGACCGCUCGCUCAAUGUCUUUGUCAAGGAUGACGAUCGGCUCACCUUCCACCGGCACCCGGUGGCCCAGAGCACCGAUGGUAUCCGUGGCAAGGUGGGCCAUGCCCGUGGCUUGCACGCGUGGCAGAUCCACUGGCCGGCUCGGCAGAGGGGCACCCACGCGGUGGUGGGUGUUGCCACGGCUCGGGCCCCACUGCACUCCGUGGGCUACACUGCACUCGUGGGCAGUGAUGCUGAGUCGUGGGGCUGGGACCUGGGUCGUAGCCGCCUCUACCACGAUGGCAAGAACCGGCCCAGCGUGGCCUAUCCGGCCUUCCUGGCACCCGAUGAGGCCUUUGCCCUGCCGGACUCUCUGCUAGUUGUGCUGGAUAUGGACGAGGGCACGCUCAGCUUCGUCGUGGAUGGCCAGUAUCUGGGGGUGGCCUUCCGUGGCCUCAAGGGCAAAAAGCUGUACCCGGUGGUGAGUGCCGUGUGGGGCCACUGCGAAGUCACCAUGCGCUACAUCAAUGGCCUUGACCCUGAGCCCCUGCCUCUGAUGGACCUGUGCCGCAGAUCCAUCCGUUCAGCCCUGGGCCGCCAGCGCCUGGGGGACAUCAGUGCUCUGCCUCUGCCUCAGUCUCUCAAAAACUACCUGCAGUACCAGUGAUGGGCACUGAGG